AUGAGUACUGCCGCCGAUCUGCCUGCCACCGGCCCUGGGCUUCGGCAACGGCAAUCUGGGGUUGAUCCUUCUGCCCAGCAAGACAAGCCUCAAGAAGACCAAGGGCAUAGUCGCCAGUCAUCUGAUGUGCCUUUCCCAUCUGAUAAGUCUAGUAAGACGUAUGGCCGAACCCCAGACGGCACAGUCUUUAUCGUACCCACAACCCAUGAUAUGGUUUCUCAGCUCUUGGAUCCUCGACAGCCUAAGAACCUUUCUGAUGCAAUUGUCUUGACGAUUCUGGGUCUUCACAUCUUAGCUGCUUAUUUCCUGCCAUCUAGCUCGAAACGUAUUGUUUUCGCUGCUGUGUUCCUAUUCUGGCGAGCUUGUUACAACAUCGGCAUUGGUGUUCUCCUCCAGAUCCAGUCAAAUCACCGACGUCUUGUCACUUGGGCUCGGCGCUGGAAGCUCUUCGAGAAUCCUUCAACAGGCAAAAACCCGCGACCAUGGCUCUACAAUCUACUAAAGAACGAGCUCGAGACAAAGAUCCCAGAGGACUAUGAAUUCGAGAAGGCCCCCAUUGAGUACAAUACUUGGUUGGUCUUCCGAAGGGUUGUUGAUUUGAUCCUCAUGUGUGAUUUCGUGUCGUACUGCCUGUUCGCCAUCGUCUGUGGCCACACUCCUGAAGGGGAAAAUUCUCUGAUUGGUUUCUCCCGCUGGGCCGUUGGCAUCGCCCUUAUCGGCUUCAAUCUCUGGGUGAAACUCGACGCCCACCGUGUUGUGAAAGACUUUGCCUGGUAUUGGGGAGACUUUUUCUAUCUCAUCGACCAAGACUUAACCUUUGACGGUGUCUUCGAGAUGGCUCCUCACCCCAUGUACUCGAUCGGAUAUGCUGGUUACUAUGGUAUUUCCAUGAUGGCUGCUAGCUACGAGGUUCUCUUCAUCUCGAUCCUCGCUCACUUGGCCCAAUUCGCUUUCCUCGUGAUUGUCGAGAACCCCCAUAUUGAGAAAACCUACAACCCUCCUCCUCCUCGCAAGCGAACCGUCUCCGGGGGCCAAAGUGAUGCCAUACCCGCUGAUAUAAAAUCGCUUGAAGGUGCAUUCGACCAACAAACACUUACGCCCGCCCAGAAAGACGAGCCCGCUCCCGUCCACAAUCUCGUUGGUUUAAGCAAUCUUGACUUGUUCCGCGUUCCUGACUUUGCCGUCAUUCUUAUGCCGUUCUAUGUAGCCGUCCUCACUCUUGUGACACCUUCAACUGCCGUAUGGCAGGCGGCUUUCGUGUUUCACGCUCUAGCCUGGCGUGUUUGGUAUCACCUCGGCCUAGGUCUUAUUCUCGACCAACAGUCUAAGAACAAGAUGUGGACACGCCACUUCCUUAAAUUCGGCGAGAGUGCUGGUGAAGCCUGGCGCCAAUGGAAGGGCCUCCACCACAUCUCUAUGAUCAUGUGUAACACUGCAUUUGUCGCCGCUUGCUGGAAGAUGUACUCGCCUCCUGAAGACUGGGCCUAUGGCCUGGUCCUGCUCAAGCAUGUUCUUGGUGCUAGUCUCGUUGCCCUUCAAUUGUGGACCGCAUUCAGCGUCUAUGAUUCUCUCGGCGAAUUUGGCUGGUUCUGCGGCGAUUUCUUCUUUGAUCAGCAGGCUAAAUUGACUUACAAGUCUAUUUACCGGUUCCUGAACAACCCUGACCGGUUUUUCGGAACGGCUGCAGUGUGGGGUGCUGCACUCAUUACGUGGAGUCGAUCCAUUUUCCUUAUGGCCCUGUUCACCCAGAUCUUAACUGUCUACUACAUCUCGUACAUUGAGCGACCCCAUAUGCAAAAGAUCUAUGGUCGCAGUCUGCGUCAAGAAGCAGGUCUUACCAAGUUCAUCAAGAAAUCAUUGCCCCCUCCUGUCAAGGGAUGGCAAGAGAGUGUCGACAAGGUGUUGGAUGACACCAGCCAGUUCGUUGAGGACUUUAUCGAUACCGCUCGGCCUAAAUUCGCAGCAGGUGUUAAGACCAUCGUGCGAGAUACUUCGGCUCUUUUCAACAUGGCUCCCGCACGACUCACCAUCACAAGAAUUGCUCCUGAUCUAGAAGGCCAUGAUCCCAAGUUAUACUCUCUUUCUGUACAGGGCACUCCUGUUAACAACGCACCUAUCAUUGAGAAGUACACUGGCAAGGAGAGUUUGACAGGCCGGUUCCCUAAGCCCGUUAAGACCAUGGCUUUUGAAUACGGAGCACCUCUUCGAGUGAAGUGGAGAGCCCCCGCGAACCACAGCAAGAAAGAUUGGAUUGGCCUUUACAUGGUCACUGACAAUCGUUCAAGGGAAACAACUGAAGUUUCUUCUUUGGGACGAUGGGCACCUACAAAUGCUGGGUCUUAUGAUGCCUUGACUGCCGAUGUUAGCAUUGUGGUCGAAGAGCACCCGGUAACUUCAACUGAGAUCACAGAAACCGAUCUGGUCGAAGGUGAAGUUGUGUUUGAAGGUGACAAGCUGUGGUGGACACAAGGUGUCUUCGAAUUCAGAUACCACCACAAUGGACAUCAUCAUGCCCUGACGAUUUCAGAACCUUUCGAGAUCCGAAUCAGCAAGUUUGACGAAGAGGAUGUCGAUCUUGGUGCCAAGGGCUUGUACGAGCAAGCCGUCGAGGCCGCACUUCUUCCAAUUGUUCAAAACUGCCUGGACCGUGAUCCGGACAUUGCACCCAACCAGCCUGAAGAGCCUUUCGGAGGCCACGUCGAACGCGACACAAAGUAUGCCAAGAGGAUUGUCUACGCCAUUCGGGAAAUGUUUGGUAUUGAGUUUGCACCACCUGUAGUGGCCGCAGAUGGAAGCGUUCGUAAACUUGCUUGGAGAAUAUGUAACGCUAAGGAAGUUCUGGCUCCAUACAGCAUGUCUUUAUCAAGAGGAACCACGACACCUGCAAUCCAGGACUUCCCGUCAGAAAAGGCUUAG